AUGGCUUUGGGGACUGGAAACGCGUUCCAGGCGGAACUCGCAGCGCUCCACCGAGGGCUAGUUCACACCUGGGAACUUGGACACCGGACGAUUAUUUGCCAUGUGGAUUGCUUGGUAUUACAGCAAGUGAUACUCAACAAUAGUGAUGUGCAAGAUCACUGGCAUGGCCAGGAAAUCAGCAUGGUUAGAGCCUUGCUUGCUAGGGAUUGGGAUGUCACGCUUAGUUAUGUGCCCCGGGAUCGGAAUGUGGUUGCGGAUGCACUAGCAAAGCUUGCGGUUCAGGAAGGCUGGGAUUGGAAAGUUUGGAGCCUUCCCCCGACAUCGGUGGUGCCUUUACUUUGCCAUGAUAUAGUUUCUUAG